AUGGCCUUAGAGUAUAUAAGAAAGGCAAUGUCUGAACAUGGUGUUGAUGCUCUGCUUUUACACCGUAGGGACCCGCACUUGAGUGAAUACUUGCACGAUCGUUAUGAACAUGUCGCUUACUUUUCUGGAUUUACCGGUUCUAAUGCGGUUUUGCUUGUUUUCCCCGAUAGUGCUUAUCUUUAUACGGAUGGUCGUUACUUCUUACAGGCUAAGAAGCAAUUGCUGGCGGGUAUUGAGUUAGGGAAAAUGGGCGAGUAUCCAAGUGCUCUAGAACGAAUAAUUGAACGAGGUGCCAAGAAAGUUGGUGUGAUUAUGGAGUAUGUGACCAGCCAGGAAAUAGAAAGAGUGUUUGGCCCGCAUGAACAGAACUUUGAGCUAGUUUACUUGUCUGAGGCCUUUAUUGCGCAACUAUGGCCUGAACGUCCCCAAAUAGUCGCACAGGAGUUAGUUGGCAUGGAGACCGGGCGUACCUUUAAGGAGAAGUUGCAGCUGGUUAAGGAAGCAAUGGUACCUAGUGUUGGUAAGCCGGGAAGGAAGAGGGCGCUAGAGAUAGUCUUGGUAGGUGACUUGGACGAGAUUGCCUGGCUAACCAAUUGGCGUGGUCUGGAUAUUCCUAUGUCCCGCCUGUUCUAUGCCUUUAUGUGGAUAGAGGCCAAGUCUGAGGUAGUUAAAGUUUAUACUGAUGCAGUAGUCCCAAAAGACUUAGUAGGUAACAUUAAGGUCUUGCCCUACGCUCAGUUCUACGAGGACAUUCUCACGAUCAAAGACCAGCACGUUGGAGUUACAUCAAAUGUGAAUGCCAGAAUUGAAAGGACUUUACAUGAUAAUAACGAGGCGGUGGAGUUGUUUGACGAGAUAGCACAACUAAAGGCAGUUAAGAGUGAUUUGGAGAUUCAGGGGUUUAAGGAGGCUAAUAUUCGGGAUGCGGCUGCAUUGUGUACUUUGUUUGGUCGAAUACAAGCUCGAAUUGAGGCAAACGAUUUAGUUGGCGAAGUUGAAGCGGCUGAAAUGUUGUUGGCUAUCAAACAGGCCGAUUCGGCCUUUAUUGUACCAAGUUUUGAAACUAUCUCUGGUUACGGCGAGAAUGGAGCAAUUAUCCAUUACACGGCUGAGAGUAAUGAUGUUAAAAUUGGUGCGGAUAAUCUGUACCUUAUUGACUCGGGGUCGCAGUACCAAAUGGGCACGACGGAUAUCACUCGAACUGUUUGUUUUGGCCAGCCAACUGCUGAUCAAAAGAAGCACUAUACUGCGCUUCUUAAAGGCCACGUGUCCAUUGAACGGCAAAGAUUCCCGAGUAAGAUUCCAAUUGGGCACUUAGCCCCACUAGUUAGGCAGCAUGUUUGGGCACUUGGUUUGGAUUAUGCCCAUAGUACGGGCCAUGGUGUUGGGUUUGGACUUAAUGUUCAUGAGUCACCUCCUGUUUUGGAAACUGCCGCUAAAGGCCAGACUAAAGAAGGAAUGGUCGUUACCAAUGAGCCGGGUAUCUAUAUCGAAGGCGCCUAUGGCAUUCGACACGAAAACCUUAUGCUUGUUCAGUCCGACCAAGAAGCAGCCGGUUUCUUUAUUCUGAAGAACAUUACACCAGUGCCUAUCCACCAUGACUUGGUUGAUACUUCUAUGCUACUACCAGAAGAACUUGCGCAUCUCAAUAGCUGGUCGCAAGAGGUCUACAAGACAGUCUCGCCCCGACUUCAGUCUAGUCCAGAAGGUCUGCAAUGGCUCCGGUACAACACCCAGCCCCUUGCAACAGAGUAA